UUAUUGUGCAACGCAUGGACAUUCGCUGCCCUGCGGAGGAAGUUGUUUUAUGAUUGUGCGGGUGCAUGCUGGGUAAUCUUAAAGUUCAAGCGUUAUCUGAUUGAAAGGAAGGAGAGAUCACAGCUGGCUGGAGAGGAUUCUGUGUGCUCGAACCUUCACGCUCAGCCUGUGGGAACAGAACAAUAAGGAAUGUGGUGGUGCAGGAGCUCACCGCUGCUGCUGCUGCUGCUUCUCCCGCUCCCGGCGGCUGAGUCUCUGACCUGUCAGUCUCCUGGGAAGAAAUGUGACUUUGUGUGUGACUGUGAAGACUGUGGGGAUGAGAUGAUCUGUGGCUAUGCUGGAAAAGGCUUUGUUUGUGACUUUGAGGAUGAAGGACUGUGUGGAUGGACGGAGUCGUCCGUCAGUCCCACAGAGUACAGCUGGGAAAGGAGUCAGAGAGGAGACCAGCUGCCCAGCAGUGGACCCUCGUCCGACUACACCACUGGAACAGCUACAGGCUGGUUUAUGGGAGUCACGUCCACGAAGUCGGAAUCGCCCCGAACUGCAGUUUUACUUUCUCCAGAGAUGAGACAGUCGUCUCCAACCUGUCGUGUCCAUCUGAGAUACUUCCUGUGGGACUCGGGUCACAGUGGUCUAGGUAAUAUUCCACUGUGGGCAUCCGUGCUUCACGAGAACUCCCCUGAAGCUGUAGUUUGGCGACCGGAGGCCACCAGCAUCCGUGGCUGGCGGGAGGCCACCAUUUUUCUGGGUCGGAUUCCGACGGCCUUCAGAAUCAGCCUGAACUCCCAGAGGUCUGAGGGACAGAAAGGGGACGUAGCCGUCGAUCAGCUGGAGUUUCUGGACUGUUCUCUACCAUUGCCACAGGAUUGUGGACCAACGAUGCUGAAGUGCAGGAAUGAAGGGUGUGUGGAGCAGCGUCAGGCGUGUGACGGCACUGAUGACUGUGGAGAUGGGAGUGAUGAAGAGAACUGCGAAGGAUACCAGCUGUUUGAUUUUGAGGACCAGCUCAGUGACCUGUGGGACCUGAGGACGAUCUCCAGUCUGAAGUGGGUUCGGACGAGUCAGGACAACAUUUCUCUCACUGAUCCUCUGAGAGGACCAGGCAGGGACCACUCCAACAACAGUGCUGCAGGUCACUUCCUCUAUGUGACAGUCCCCGAGGGUGGUCUCAAAAAUGACUGGUCCUCUUUUCAAAGUCACCGCCUCAGUCCCACCAUCAGCUCACAUCCCUGCAAGAUGGUGAUGUACACCCACCAGUUUGGCCCUCGGUCUGGUGGUCUGACGGUGCUCGUGGCUGAUAAGAACAUUUACCCAGUGUGGGAGAGAGGUGGCGCUCUAGGAGAUGUUUGGGUGAAGGCAGAGGUGGAGAUAGUCACCAGUGAGCCGUUUCAGAUUGUGAUAAUGGCAGCAAUCAGAGAUUUCAGAUAUGGAGGCAUCGCCAUUGACAGCAUCAUGUUGUCACCAGAGUGUCGUGCGUCAAAUGAAAAUUCUUCCCUUGCAGAAUUCCCCAAACCUCCUAAAGACCCCUGCGCUGAACCUGACAAAUUAUGUGACUUCAACCCAGACUGUGCCAACUCAGAGGACGAGGCCAAAUGUGGGGACUUCUCGUAUCCUGGAGGCAGUUCAGGCUGGACGGACUCCAGCAUUGGGAGCCAAGGCUGGAAGCUUUUUAAAAACUCAACAUCCAAAGAGGAGUACCUGUACGUUGCUGAGGCCCCGGGACAACAGCUGACUGAAGCCCAGACCAGGACCCCACUCCUGGGACCCUCAGGUCCCUCCUGCUCCCUCAGCUUUGAAUUUGCCCUGACUGGGAAUCCAGAGCACAUCGGUGAACUGUCCGUCAGGGUGAUUGACAGUAUGCUGGGCCCUCGGCCCAAACUGUGGGAGUUCAGUGGGAAGACGGGAGCAGCAGGAGAGGAGGACAAGUGGAGAAACGCCAGCCUCACCGUUGGAGCCAGAAAACAUCGUUUCCAGCUGGCAUUUGAGGCUCGUGCUGUGAAACUUUGUGCAUGUGUCAAAAUAAAAGUCCAAAAUGUCCGUUUCCUGGGCUGCCACGCUGAAUAUCUUCCCUCUUCUCCGACAGACCUGUCCUGUAAUUUUGAGGAGAAUCUGUGUGAAUGGUACCAGGACAACACUGACAACUUUGACUGGACUGUGCAGAAUGGGACGGAUCACACUGUUGGAAAUGGUCAAAGUCUUGUUGUGGACAUGUGGAGUCCAUCUCUGCGUGGUUUGUUUGGGCGUUUACUCUCCUACCAACAGCCACCGAUUUCUUCAGAUUACUGUCUGUCCUUCUUCUACAAAGUCUACGGACCAAACACAGGUGCUUUAAAUGUGAAGCUCUUGGAUGGAAACGGCUAUGAAACACUGCUGUGGACUCGGGGUGGGGCACACGGAAACAUCUGGCAUGAAGCCCACUGUCCAGUCCCUCAUCAGCUCACCAGCUUUCAGCUCACGUUUGAAGCAGUUCGCUCGGGCUUUGACGGUCAAAUUGUCAUCGACGAUGUGGCGUUCGUGGAGCGCCCCUGCUCCAUACCCAGGAUGUGCUCCUUUGAAGGACAGCGUUGUGGCUACAGCAGCUCAGGAACCAUUCGUUGGCUCCACAAUAGUGGGAGCACUAUCAAAACUGGACCCAAAACUGACCACACACUGGAGACUGAACUGGGUUUCUACAUGAUGGCUAACACAGGAGCCGGCGUUCUUCCCUCUGGCACAUCCACCUUUCUCACUUCUUCUGUCCAUCAAGGAACCGCCAAGACAAAGUGCCUGCAUUUCUGGUAUCACAUGGGUGGAGUCAAACCUGGUUCUCUGACUGUGUACAUGAAGCCAGUGAAGGGAGAGAAGGUGAAGAUCUUCUCUGACACUCUGGACCAAGGGGACGUCUGGCGCCACGGCAGCGGAAACAUCUCCAGUAACCUCGUCGACUGGCAGUUGGAGUUUGAGGCGGUGGGUGCCGGAGGCAAAGACACUCACAUCGCAGUGGACGACAUCUUCCUUUCAAGCCACGCCUGUGAAAAUAAAGGAUCCAAGUGUGACCUGGAGACGGGCAUGUGCACCUGGAGCAACACUCAAAACAAAGACCUGGAUUCUUUGGACUGGGAGCUGACCAGUCACGAGGCGGAGCAGCACUACUCCGUCCCGCAGGAGGACCACACCCUGGGCACAGAGAGAGGUCACUUACUGUUUUUACCCACCACUGAUCGGACACCAGCCAAUCAGAAUGCUGUGCUGCUGAGCCCUCACCUGCCUCCAACCAAAGGCACCUGCGUUAAAUUCUGGGCCCAUAUUCCGUCCUCCUCCGACAGUCAUCUGAGGGUGUUGAGGUUGUCCAAGGGCCUUCUCCACGAGCUGCUGGUGGUCAGAGAAGUCCAGGGACUGUGGAGACGCUUCGAUGUGGAUAUCACUUCAGCUGAAGAAUACCAGAUUGUGCUUGAAGGAAUCAAAGGAACGUCAGGUGUCAUCGCUCUGGAUGACAUUGAAUAUACCGUUGGGAUUAACUGUGCGAAAGAAGUCACCGACUCUCUGACCUCCAGCAAACGGAACACGGGAGGUAUGGUGGCCUCCGUCAUCGUGGUCCUGCUGCUGAUCGCUACUCUGAUCGCUCUCUUCGUGUACUACCUGAGAUCACGUCAGAGGAUGAGGCCAAGUCCUUCAUCCUUGUCGUCCACUUCUACUGACCGUGUUGGUUUUAGCAAUGAUUCUUACAGCCCAGACCUCACUCAAGACCAUGUGACAGUUUCACCGACUCAGAACCAUCCCAUGGCUGCAGGCUUCAACAAUAUCACUUACCCUGAUGAUUUCAGAGAGGUGGAGGUGAACUAAAACAGUGGGAGAAGAUCAAUGGCCCUGCCACCUAGUGGUGGCUUCUGAAGCUGAGGCGGCAUCACAGCAGAAGAACUGCUUGUGUCGUUGGCGCACACACACACACACACACACACACACACACACACACACACACACACUGAUAAUACUGAGUUGACAAUCAGAGAUGCUGUGCUCCAAAGGCUGGCUCCCUGCUGCCUGAGGACAGACAUGAAGUUAAGAA